UUCCACAUACUGUACAUGUUUCUUUUUCUAUAUUUUUCUCUGGCUAUCUCUCAUCAUCCUCCCAUCAUCCUCUCUGCUUCUUUUUUCAUUUUUCAUCACUCUCGCUGUACUAUUUUUUAUUUAUUUUUUGUUCCUGCAGAGAUAUUGCAAUCAAUACAUUCCAGAGCUUCGAGUCUCAAUGAAUAUGAGAGCAUUUGUGCGUCUCUUUUGGAUUGCGAGCUGUCAUCUGCACUGCAGGUCAUCACUCACGUGCCCUCAUUGCCUUAAACAGAGCAACACCUUUGAUCCUUUUCUGUGUAUUUCCCUACCAAUCCCACUACGACAGACCAGGGCCCUGAAUGUGACUCUGGUGUUUAACACUGAAGGGCAGUGCUUUCUAAGAGUGGGGUUGGCUUUGCCUCUCUUUGGGUCUGUCUUGACACUCAGGGCCAUAGUAGCAGAGGAGGGGAAGAUCUCUCCAGACCAGGUGAUUUUGACAGAUAUGAACUCCAAUGGAUUCCAACGUUCUUUCUCUGAUGAAGAUGAUAUGACGAGUAUCUCAGAGAGUGAUGUAAUCUACGCCUUUCAGGCCCCUCCGCUCAUCAUGAGAGGAGGCUCCAUGCGAUUCUCAGGGUUCCAUCACUCCCUCCCUUCCUCCCCAUACACAACAGGACCUGGAGGUCAGCGGUUACCACCCUCAGGAACAUUAUCAUCAGAAUUCCUGAAUCAGGGUGGAUCUUCAAAGAUCCUCCUUUUAUUCUGCAAUGUAGUAGGAUCUGGCCAACAAGCUUCUAGGUUUGGCCCUCCCUUCCUGAUGAGAGUAGAAAGGACAGUUUCUUGGGAUCAACUGCAACAGAUUGUCUGCAGCAAACUUUACAUAUUUAAAAAAAACAUGAUUAUAAAGACAAGUGAACAGUUUAAGAUCCGUGUGGUGGGUGGGUCAGCAUCCUGCAGUUACCUGUCUCCUCAUGACAGCAGACCACUGUACCACCCAACCGUGGACAGGGCUCUUAAGUUUUGCGGUCCCGGUGGUCCUCUGCAUGUAAAGCUUGUCAUUGAAUGGGAGAACAGAAUCAAAGAAUGUCUUUUUGGUAACAUUCAAGAGGAGGUUAUUGAGGAUGCAGAGAGUGUUAGAAUCCAACAGCAGAAUCAUGUACAGCAGCACAGCUGCACACUGGAUGAGUGCUUUCAGCUCUAUACCAAAGAGGAGCAGCUAGCACCAGAUGAUGCUUGGAAGUGCCCCCACUGUAAGCAGAUGCAGCAGGGCAUGGUGAAGAUGAGCUUAUGGACCCUGCCUGACAUCCUGAUUCUGCAUUUAAAACGUUUUAGACAGGUGGGCAAACGGAGGAACAAGCUCUCUACCCUCAUCCGCUUUCCUGUUAGUGGUCUGGAUAUGACUCCCCAUGUUGUGAAACGCAGUCAGAGCAUGAAGAAUCUGGCCCCGUGCCCCACCACAUGGAAACAUGGAGAUACUGACUUCCUUUACGAUCUGUAUGCAGUCUGUAAUCACCACGGAGGCAUGCAUGGAGGCCAUUACACAGCUUAUUGUAGGAAUUCAGUGGAUGGCCAGUGGUACAGUUAUGAUGACAGCAGUGUGGAGCUGGUGCCUGAGGAGGAACUGUGCACACGAGGGGCAUAUAUCUUGUUCUACCAGAGAAGAAAUGUCAUCCCACCCUGGUCCGCCAACAGCUCCAUCAUAGGUUCCACCAGCUCCUCAAUGUCGGACCACUGGCUCAUCCGUUUGAAUGGUGACAGUAAAAGGGGAAGUAUGGUAUCACGGUCUUCCACAACAUGCCCUUCUUACAUCCCAGACUCACCAGAGUCUCCUGUCUUCCAAAACGAACCCGUAAUGGAGGAGAGAGUGUCUUUAGGUGGGUUUGAAAGUAGACCUUUUGUGCGAGGCAUACAGGGACGUAGCGUUAGCAUGAGAACCCCCACCAAGACCAGAGUGAUGCCACUGCGAUGGUCCUUUGGAAACAAAGACCGCCACAAACCCGCCCCAGCUCCUGUCCCUGCUCAAGCAGAGCUGGUUGAGUAUUUAGAGUCUGGCAGGAGGCCAAAAUGCACUAAAGACCCUAUUGUUGCCCUAAUGACUCGACCCUCAAAUAAAGAAGACAAUACGAAAAAACCCACUGCCAGAUCUUCAAGUCACAGCAGUCUCAGACAUCCAGACAAAAUACAACAGGGUCAAGAAAGGAACAGCUCAGAGAAGGCAACAGGUCAACUACCCAACAGCAACAGCAGACCAAAAGAAGAUGGUACUUUGACAAGAAGGAGAAACAGGAAAUCAAAACAGGAUCAUACACAGUCCAGAAAGAGCUCCAGUGCUGGAAUCCAAUCCAGCUCUAGUACUCAAAGUGGAUGGGACACUAUGCAAAGAGAUAGUAAAGGAGAUCCAGGCGAGGAGGAAGACCAGCCAGAGGACAAACAGGGAAAGGGAUUUGAGACAAAGCGCCAUGAUAGUGUCUUUUCCUUUCUCAAAGGCGGUUUCAUGAGGAAAGACCCACUUCGGAGGUCUCGGGACAUCGAGCCUUUAAAAAAGGUUGAAGCAGGGAUGAAGAGCCCAUCUGGACUUUCUCUCUCCAACGGGGCCCAUGGUAGAACUUCAGAAGAUAAAUCCAACAGCAUUAACCAAAGUCGUAGCAGACACGGUGGUGAACUUGCGAACGGCAAGGUGAGCCGCGGUUCAACAGACAUAAAACGCUCACAAAGUUCUUCCAAUAUUCCAAGCAAGGCUGAUUUAAGCUUGAGAAGAACGGCAUCUCUGCACAGAAACUGCACAUCAGCGGCCCAGCCACAAAGCUCGUACGGGGACAGGGGCUCUCAGAACACGCUGCAACGCCCACACUACAGCACAGCCUCGCUGGGCAGGAAGAAGACAGUGCCUGAAUCAAGCUUCUGAGACUUCAGUACAUUACACCCAAAUAAUGAAACAGGGUAGCAUAGUGACAAAUCUUAAAAUCAAAGAAGUGCAAAAGGAUUAUGGUAAAAAUGUGACAUGAAAGCUUUGAAAGGGUUGCCAAACGUGGCACAAAAAAGUUGCACAAACUGAUGGAUGAUAUUUUUGCUCACUUCUUAAAACAAAAUCAUCUUUAAAGUUAUUGUUUCUGCUUACAUGAAGUGCCUCUUAACCAGAGCAAUUGUUCAGAUUGUUUAUUUUUGAUUGUGUUUUGGCAAUGGAAGGAUGAGUAUUGACACAUCACUUGCUUUUUGAAAUCUAAGAUGGUAAGAGGAAGAUAAAUAUUUACAAUUUGCCUCAUAAAUUUUAUUUUCUUGUGCCACAAUUUAGAAUUAUUACGUGUUAUACAUGAAGGGAAUUGCUAUAUAUUACUUUCUGUAUCACCUCUUGUGAAUGUACAGAUUGGCUGCUAAACUCUCACAGGUUUUCAUGACGUUUAACAAAGACGUCAGCUCUUGCACUUUCAGUGAAUGUCUUGCACCACAGUCCACACCCUUGGAACCAUCUACUUUGUGUUUUAAAAAGUUUGACAGAGUUUAGAGCUUACCUUUACAAAAGCAAACAAAUAUCAAUUCAGUAUAAGGAUUAAGAUAUUUGCAAAUAAUUUAAAGACAAAAGUAACUGAUAAAAAUGGCCAAAACACAUCUGGGAAUUUCAAAGCAUUUAAUCUGCUGUUGCAACUUUCCUUCAGUUAGAAAUUAGCAAUUGAGGUAAUAUAAUUAUGGUGCAACACCAGUUAAGGUAAUAUUUGACAAAAUUAUCUUAAGACACUGAAAACUAUAAUGUGCUUUAGGGGUGAUUUUGAUAUAUGUCGCUUAUACGUUUUAGAACCAUAGUAUUAGAUUGCCACUUCUGAAAAACUAUAAUUACUAAACCCCUAACUGAUAAAUUACCAAUAGUUUAAUACCUUACCUAACCACCAAGACCAUGUGAAAGUGCAGUAACAAGAACUUGUUGAUGUUAAGGGAUAGUUCACAUAAUUUCAUCACCCUCAUGAUGUUCCAAACCAGUAUUACUUUUUUGUUGUUGUUUUUUCUGUGGAACGCUAAAGUGGAGGCAUAAUGCUAGCCCAGUUACCAUUCACUUUCAUUGCAUGGAAAAAAGAUGUAAUGAAAUUUAAUGGUGUCUAAAGCUAACAUUUCGCCAAACAUCUCCUUUUGAGUUCCGUGGAUAAAAGAAAGGUUUAGAACAUAAUGUGGGUGAGUAAAUGAUGACAGAGUUUUCAUUUUUGGGUGAAAUAUCCCUUUAAUCCAGCUCAUCUGAUAAUUACUGUUCAAAUAAUGUGGAGUUCAAGUAUUAGCGAUGACUCAUGAUUGAGGAAAAACCAGUUUACUGGUUUGUGUAACCAGUAAAUUGACUUAUAUGAUCGGACAUAAUUGCUUAGAAAUCCUGUGUAGUCACAUUAUGGUGGUUUGCAUCGUCUCCCUCCAUUGAAUGUUUGGACUAAUUGGAUGGACUUUAAAUGGACUAAUUGGAUCCGUAUGUCCAUUAUUUUGAUCAACUUGACAAUAAUAACAAGCAUUCCCAUGUGUCACAUGUAGAAGCCUUUAAAUAGCAAAUCUGCAAAUCUCAUCCACUUGCUAAAUAUUAAAAUGAACAUGCAUUACUCAUUACAAAUUGAAAUUGCUUGACUUUGCUUAAUGACUUUGAUCUAACUUUUCCUGAAGGUUAAUUCCUACUGUUUUGUCCUGCAGUUUUGAGGAAAAUAUAAAUCAAGCCCAGCAAAUAAUAUCAACAGGUUUCUUGUUUUAAAAUAGUCUGAAAAAAUCUCACCAACCCUUAAAUGUCCUCUAACUGUAAUUUAUUAAAUAUUAGUAUAUUGCACAUAUGCACUAGCUCCUCAAAUGCAGAUAUGCUAUUUGCUUUCCUUUUUGCAAUCUAUAUUUCUUGAAAAUGGUGCGGGAAAGUUGGAAUUGCACUUGUAGAACACUGCUAAAUGAUUGUGGGAAAUUUACAGAUACACUGUGUCUGUAUCACUCAGUUUACAGAAGUUAAUUUUGUAGGUUUAAAUAAGAAAAGAUAUGAAGUAAUUUCUUGUUUGUUUGUGUUUGUUUGUUUGUUUGUUUCUGUUCAAACACUUUGUCCCUAGAUCUGCCUAGAUGUCAAAAUGCAUAAAGAAGAAAUAAAUCCUUUAUAUUUAUAUUAUCAAGGUUUCCAAAAGCUGUAAGAUUCACUGUUCUUACGUUCAUUGCAUAAAUCGUUCGAAACAUUAAAAAAAAAUGAAAAUAAAUUGUUUUCAGAUGGUUUAGACAUUUUUUCAUUGAAAUGCUAUUUCUUAUUAUCAUUCCUGUUAUUCUGUUGUGUUAGUCAAAGGGUUAGGAAAAGAGAAGCAAUUAUACUGCAUUCAACAGGAUUUGUCUAGACACAACGUUCUGUUCUCCAAGAGCAUAUCUCUCCUCCCCCCUCCCAUGCUUUUCACAGUGAUUGAAAUAUCUGCUCUUGUACUGGAAAGACAAAGAAUGAAGGAUUCUUACCCUACUUUGAAUUUGUUUUUUUUAGAUGUUUUAUAUGCAAUUUUUUUUAAAGGUCUUUACUGUAUACAAAAACAAGAUCAAUUAAUUAUCUAGUAACAGUGUAUGUAGGGAUAGAUUAUAUGUACAAUUCAGAUUAUCUUUGAAUUAUUGCACAAUAGUGCAUUCUGCUGUUAAGAUGACUACACAGGUUUGUGUAUCUGCAAUAAUAAUAAACUGAUUUAUUUUUGUAUCAUUGCUGAAAUUAAAAAGAC